AUUAAAAAAGCGGCUGGUUUCUGGUUUUUGCGAAAUCGGCUGACUUCACACUUCACAGUGCUGAAUCGUCUCUCUCUAAUCUCUCGUCUCUGCCUAAACUCUUUUCUCAGUCGCUUCGCAAAAACCCCACUUCCAACAGAGACCAAAGAGUCGAAUCUUCCCAGGUGUGUGGUAUGUGGUGUACUGCACAUAUCACCGUUGCAAUCGUUUCAUCAUUUCGGGUCUUGAAUUGCCUCUGUUCGUUUUGAGUUAACUUGGGACUCCUUAAAGUUUGGAAGGCCAUCAUGGGCUAUGCACAGUUAGUAAUUGCCUAAUUGGCCCUGCUGGCAGUGGAAAGUCAACAUACUGCUCCAGUCUGUACCAACACUGUGAAGCACUUGGGCGCUCGAUACACAUUGUGAACCUUGACCCUGCUGCUGAGAAUUUUGACUAUCCAGUGGCUAUGGAUAUUAGGGAGCUCAUUAGUUUGGAUGAUGUUAUGGAGGAACUUGGUCUGGGUCCCAAUGGUGGUCUUAUAUACUGCAUGGAGAAUCCUUUUUAUUUAUAUUUUUGCCUGAUGUAGUACAAGCUUUUUUCUUCUUUUUUUUUCCUAUUCUUUACUCCCUCGUUGCAUCAUUUCAGUUGGGAUUAUUCCUUACAUUAUAAGGGGUUAAACCUUAAUUGUCGUAUAGACAUUUUGAAGAAAAUCUGGAUGAUUGGUUGACUGAAGAGUUGGACAAUUACAUGGAUGAUGACUAUCUGGUUUUCAACUGCCCAGGCCAGAUAGAACUCUUUACACAUGUUCCAGUACUUCAUAACUUCGUGGAGCAUUUGAAGCAUAAGAAUUUCAAUGUUUGUGGUGUAUAUUUGCUUGAUUCACAGUUCAUCACAGAUGUGACCAAGUUUAUCAGUGGGUGCAUGGCAUCCCUUUCUGCAAUGGUCCAACUUGAACUGCCCCAUGUUAAUAUUCUGUCCAAAAUGGAUCUUGUGACAAACAAAAGGGAUAUUGGAAACUACUUGGAUCCAGAGCCUCACCUUCUGCUGUCAGAGUUGAAUGAAUGAAUGGCUCCUCAAUUCAAAAGGCUGAAUAAAUCUUUGAUUGAAUUGGUAAAUCACUAAGGGACUUGCACUUUAUACAUAAAUAAAGAGUGAGAUUAUUC